AUGGUGGAGGUUGAUGCUGCAACUGUUGUGGUUUCUGGUGUUGCGGAGGUUGAUACUGCAACUGUCAUGGUUUCAGAAAUGGUGGAGGUUGAUGCAGCAACUGCUGUGGCUUCAGAGUUAGUGGAAGUCGAUGUUGCAGAGAUGUUGGAGGUCAUUGUGGCAGCAGUUGAUGGUGCGGGAGUUGAUGCGGCAACUGUUGUUGCCUCAGACACAGCGGAAGCGAUAACGGAGGUUGUUUCGGAAACUGUGGUGGCUUCAGAGAUAGUGGAAGUUGAUGCUGCAGCAGUUGAUGUUGCAGAGAUGGUCGAGGUUAUUGCCGCAGCAGUUGAUGAGAUAGCAGAAGUUGAUGUGGCGACUGUUGUGGGGUCAAAGCUUGUAAAGGUGGACGUGGCAACUGUUGUGGCUUCAGAGGUAGCAGAAGUUGAUGCUGCAGCAGAUGAUGUUGCAGCGAUCGUGGAGGUCACUGAUGAGAUGGCGGAAGUUGAUGCGGCAAAUGUUGUUGCUUCAGAGAUGGCGGCAGUUGAUCCGGCAACUGUUGUGGCUUCAGAGAUGGCGGCAGUUGGUCCGGCAACUGUUGUUGCUUCAGAGAUGGUGGAAGUUGAUGCAGCAACUGUUGUGGCUUCAGAGAUGGCGGAAGUUGAUCCAGAAACUGUUGUUGCUUCAGAGAUGGCGCCAGUUGGUCCGGCAAUUGUUGUUGCUUCAGAGAUGGCGGCAGUUGAUGCGGCAAAUGUUGUUGCUUCAGAGAUGGUGGAAGUUGAUCCGGCAACUGUUGUGGCUUCAGAGAUGGCGCCAGUUGGUCCGGCAACUGUUGUUGCUUCAGAGAUGGCAGCAGUUGAUGCUGCAAAUGUUGUUGCUUCAGAGAUGGUGGAAGUUGAUCCGGCAACUGUUGUGGCUUCAGAGAUGGUGGCAGUUGAGAUGACAGAAGUCGAUGCAGCAACUGUUGUUGCUUCAGAGACAGCGGAAGUUGAUGCGGCGACUGUGGUGGGUUCAAAAAUAGUAAAAGUUGAUGCUGAAGCAGUUGAUGUUGCAGAGAUGGUGGAGGUCAUUGAGGCAGCAGUUGAUGGUGUUUGGGUUGAUGCUGAAACUGUUGUGGCUUCAGAGUUACUAGAUGUUGAUGCUGCAACUGUUGUUACUUCAGAGAUAGCGAAGGUUGAUCCUGCAACUGUUGUUUCUUCAGAGAUGGCGGAAGUUGAUCCGGCAACUGUUGUUGCUUCAGAGAUGACGGCAGUUGGUCCGGCAACUGUUGUUGCUUCAGAGAUGGCGGCAGUUGAUGCGGCAAAUGUUGUUGCUUCAGAGAUGGUGGAAGUUGAUGCGGCAACUGUUGUGGCUUCAGAGUUAGUAGAUGUUGAUGCGGCAACUGUUGUUGCUUCAGAGAUGGCGGCAGUUGGUCCAGCAACUGUUGUUGCUUCAGAGAUGGCGGCAGUUGAUGCUGCAAAUGUUGUUGCUUCAGAGAUGGUGGAAGUUGAUGCGGCAACUGUUGUGGCUUCAGAGUUAGUAGAUGUUGAUGCGGCAACUGUUUUUGCUUCAGAGAUGGCGGCAGUUGGUCCGGCAACUGUUGUUGCUUCAGAGAUGGUGGCAGUUGAUGCGGCAACUGUUGUGGCUUCAGAGUUAGUAGAUGUUGAUGUGGCAACUGUUGUUGCUUCAGAGAUGGUGGAAGUUGAUCCUGCAACUGUUGUUGCUUCAGAGAUGGCGGAAGUUGAUCCGGCAACUGUUGUUGCUUCAGAGAUGGUGGAAGUUGAUGCGGCAACUGUUGUGGCUUCAGAGUUAGUAGAUGUUGAUGCGGCAACUGUUGUUGCUUCAGAGAUGGCGGCAGUUGGUCCAGCAACUGUUGUUGCUUCAGAGAUGGCGGCAGUUGAUGCUGCAAAUGUUGUUGCUUCAGAGAUGGUGGAAGUUGAUGCGGCAACUGUUGUUGCUUCAGAGAUGACAGAAGUCGAUUCAGCAACUGUUGUUGCUUCAGAGAUAGUAGAAGUUGAUGUGGCAACUGUUGUAGGGUCAGAGCUUGUCAAGGGGGAAAUGGCAACUGUGGUUGCUUCAGAGAUAGCGGAAGUUGAAGCUGGAACUGUUGUUGCUUCAGAGAUGGUGGAAGUUGAUGCGGCAGCUGUUGUGGCUUCAGAGAUGACAGAAGUCGAUGCAGUAACUGUUGUUGCUUCAGAGACAGCGGAAGUUGAUGUGGCGACUGUGGUGGCUUCAAAAAUAGUAAAAGUUGAUGCUGAAGCAGUUGAUGAUGCAGUGAUGGUGGAAGUCAUUGAGGCAGCAGUUGAUGGUGUUUGGGCUGCAACUGUUGUUGCUUCAGAGAUGGCGGCAGUUGAUGCGGCAAAUGUUGUUGCUUCAGAGAUGGUGGAAGUUGAUCCUGCAACUGUUGUUGCUUCAGAGAUGGCGGAAGUUGAUCCGGCAACUGUUGUUGCUUCAGAGAUGGCGGCAGUUGGUCCGGCAACUGUUGUUGCUUCAGAGAUGGUGGAAGUUGAUGCAGCAACUGUUGUGGCUUCAGAGAUGGCGGAAGUUGAUCCAGAAACUGUUGUUGCUUCAGAGAUGGCGGCAGUUGGUCCGGCAACUGUUGUUGCUUCAGAGAUGGUGGCAGUUAAUGCGGCAAAUGUUGUUGCUUCAGAGAUGGUGGAAGUUGAUGCUGCAACUGUUGUGGCUUCAGAGUUAGUAGAUGUUGAUGCGGCAACUGUUGUUGCUCCCGAGAUGGCGGAAGUUGAUCCGGCAACUGUUGUUGCUUCAGAGAUGGCGGCAGUUGGUCCGGCAAAUGUUGUUGCUUCAGAGAUGGCGGCAGUUGAUGCGGCAACUGUUGUUGCUUCAGAGAUGGUGGAAGUUGAUGCGGCAACUGUUGUUGCUUCAGAGAUGGCGGAAGUUGAUCCGGCAACUGUUGUUGCUUCAGAGAUGGCGGCAGUUGGUCCGGCAACUGUUGUUGCUUCAGAGAUGGCGGCAGUUGAUGCGGCAAAUGUUGUUGCUUCAGAGAUGGUGGAAGUUGAUCCGGCAACUGUUGUGGCUUCAGAGAUGACAGAAGGCGACGCAGCAACUGUUGUUGCUUCAGAGAUAGCAGAAGUUGAUGUGGCAAAUGUUGUAGGGUCAGAGCUUGUCAAGGGGGAAAUGGCAACUGUGGUUGCUUCAGAGAUAGCGGAAGUUGAUCUGGCAACUGUUGUUGCUUCAACUGAUGUGGUUUCUAAUUUUGUGGAGGUUGAUGCUGCAACUGUUGAGGUUUCUGGUGUUGUGGAGGUUGAUGUAGCGACUGUUCUGGCUUCAGAGGUUGUGGAGGUUGAUGCUGCAACUGUUGUUGUUUCGGGUGUUUUGGAGGUUGAUGUUGCAACUGUUGUGGUUUCAGAGCUUGUGGAUGUUGAUGCUGCAACUGUCGUGGUUUCAGAUCUUGUGGAUGUUGAUGCUGCAACUGUUGUAGUUUCUGGUGUUGUGGAGGUUGAUGUAGCGACUGUUGUGGUUUCAGAGCUUGUGGAGGUUGAUGCUGCAACUGUCAUGGUUUCAGAUCUUGUGGAUGUUGAUGCUGCAACUGUUGUAGUUUCUGGUGUUGUGGAAGUUGAUGGUUCAACUGUUGAGGUUUUUGGUGUUGUGGAAGUUGAUGGUGCAACUGUUGAGGUUUCAGAAGUUUUAGAGGUUGAUGCUGCAACUGUUGAGGUUUCUGGUGUUGUGGAGGUUGAUAGUGCAACUGUUGUGGUUUCAGUGCUUGCGGAGGUUGAUGCCUUAACUGUUGUGGUUUCUGCUGUUGUGGAGGUUGAUGCCUCAACUGUUGUGGUUUCUGCUGUUGUGGAAGUUGAUGGUUCAACUGUUGUGGUUUCAGGUGUUGUGGAGGUUAAUGCUGCAACUGUUGUGGUUUCAGUGCUUGUGGAGGUUGCUGCUGCAACUGUUUUGGUUUCAGAGCUUGUGGAGGUUGAUACUGCAUUUGUUGUGGUUUCAGAGCUUGUGGACGUUUCUGCUGCAGUUGUGGCUGCUUUCGUAGUAGAAGUCGUUGGUUGAACAGUUGUGGUUAUUUUGGUUACACCGCUGCAAAAUGGUCCAGCAGUGAUGGAUCCAACGUUCUCCAUGAAAGGCAGCUUCCCCAGGCCGGUUGCAGCUGCACAUGUGUUUGGAGACACGCAGCCCUGAGCUGGAUAUGAUGUGG